UAGUCAUCGUCACGGAUUGUUUCAGCUGUGAAGUUUUGGCAGCCAUAUUUCUGGCCAUUAGCUCGAACGCGCGUCCCCGUGCAGCGCCGUGUGAGGGAAUGUGAAGUGAUGUGAACGCGCCAAUCUCCGCUCCGCUCCACUCUCAAUCGGGUCCCUUUUCUACCUCACACACUCCGACUCGCUGCUCUCUUUCUUCACCCAGCCGCAUGUCCCCACCGCCACCGAGCCGGAGUUGAUUGCCUGUUCAGCGGACACUGAGAGCGCGCAGCCUCCACAGAGCGGUGCCAGCAUGAAGUUUUGGGGACCGUGUUCGGUUGGAUUUUACAUCUACGCGGCUAUACUUUUCAAAGGAUCCCUGCAAGGAGAACAUCAGAGGAAGUUGUACAAGGAGCUGCUGGCUAACUACAACCGACUGGAGAGACCUGUGGUCAAUGACUCCGCCCCCAUUCUGGUGGAGCUGGGCCUCACGCUGCUGCAGAUCAUAGACGUGGAUGAGAAGAACCAAGUGCUGAUGACCAACGCCUGGCUGCAGCUGUACUGGACAGACAUCUACCUGAGCUGGAAUCCAGAAAACUACCCCGGGGUCCAGAACCUGCGAUUCCCUUCAGACCAGAUCUGGACCCCUGACAUCCUCCUUUACAACAGUGCGGACGAGCGGUUUGAUGCCACCUUUCACACCAACGUCCUGGUGAACGCAUCGGGUUACUGCCAGUACAUCCCGCCUGGCAUCUUGAAGAGCACCUGCUACAUUGACGUGCGUUGGUUCCCCUUUGACGUGCAAAAGUGUGACUUGAAGUUUGGCUCCUGGACGCACAAUGGCUGGCUGCUGGACCUCCAGAUGCUGGAUGUGGACACAUCCACCUACAUACCCAACGGGGAGUGGGACCUUGUGGGAGUGCCAGCCAAGCGCAAUGAGCUGUACUAUGACUGCUGUAAGGAGCCCUACCCCGAUGUGACUUUCACCGUCACCAUGCGACGCAGAACGCUUUAUUAUGGCCUCAAUUUGCUCAUCCCAUGUGUGCUGAUCUCCGGCUUGGCCCUGUUGGUCUUCCUGCUUCCGGCAGACUCUGGAGAAAAGAUAUCUCUGGGCAUCACUGUGCUCCUUUCGCUAACUGUCUUCAUGCUUCUGGUCGCAGAGAUCAUGCCUGCCACGUCCGACUCUGUUCCUCUCAUCGCCCAGUACUUUGCCAGCACCAUGAUGAUAGUGGGGAUGUCUGUGGUGGUGACAGUCAUAGUCCUGCAGUUUCACCAUCAUGACCCUCAUGGAGGCAAGAUGCCAAAGUGGGUUCGUGUGGUGCUGCUGAACUGGUGUGCUUGGUUUCUCCGCAUGAAGCAGCCUGGCGAUGAGCGCAAGCGGCCUGGUUACAAGUACAGUCGCAGCUCCCGGCACCACACCAGCGCCGGCUCCAUAGAGAUGGGCACCGUUCCGAGCCUCACCACGCCCCUCUCACAGGCGUCCUGCCCACCUUGCCCCGCGGGCACGUCCAACGGUUCCAUGAGCCUCUACUUUAGCAAUUACCACCCCAUAGCAGGCUCACACGGCCCACCUUCCAGCGACUCCGGGGUAGCGCUGGGGGGGCGUGCCCAUGGGUCCUCAGGCGAUGAGGGCGAGCCGUCUGGAGGAGUUAGCAGUGGUGUUGGAGCCGGGUUGGGAGUCGGCAUCCCCCCACCAGAGAUCCAGCGCAUUUUGGAGGAGGUGUCAUACAUUGCCCAGCGGCUGCGGGAUAAGGACAGGGCUGAGGUCAUCUGCAGCGAGUGGAAGUUCGCAGCGGCGGUGGUCGACCGGCUGUGCUUGGUGGCCUUUUCUCUCUUCUCCAUCAUUUGCACCUUCACCAUCCUAAUGGCAGCCCCCAACUUCAUUGAGGCGGUUUCCAAGGACUUCACAUAGCUGGUUAGAGGGAAGGAAGACGGCGAGAGGUUGAGGUUAAAGAAAAGUUUGAGAGAAACAUGGAAAAAAUUGAAUGAUCAAGAAUGUGGUCCCCGGCUUACAGUCUGGGAACCCAAGAUGUGCCAUGGAGUGUUUUAUAAAAAAUUUAAAAAAGAACACAAGAAAGUAAAUGGAAACUUGCAAGUCUGUCGAGCUGCUGAAUCAACCAAAUAAUAAUGAUUAAUAAGUACGCAAUUACAUGGACUAAUCAUUACAUUAGCACUUUCCAAAUUAAGAAAAGAAGAGACAGUAAUCGGUCCUCCCUGACUUGAUGUCGGAGACAAAUUGAUAUCUAAGAGAGGAAAAUACGCUGUACAUGCCAACUAAACAGCAAACUUAGGGAGACUAUAGAUGAGGUUGGGAUUGAUUCUGGCAUGAGAAUAGGGCAAUGUGUAGAUCUUCUUCUUUGCAUUGAGAAAGACAACUAAAAGAUAAAGAUAACCGGGCUGUUAUUUGAAAUUUCCAUGACAGCAGCCAUGUUACCAUUGUUAUAUUAGUAAGUUUAUUUCCGGACACAUGCAUAGGCGUAACCAUGCAUCCUUUCGGGGGGUUUUGUCCGCCCCAAUAUUGAGAAAGUACCCAUCUGUCCUCCCAAUAUACACCAGAAAAUAUAUGUUCUCCUUUUAUGAACCCUGUCAAUGGACCGGUCUCUUGGCUCGUUGGUUCUCGCACACCGCUGUCGGGCAUCUUUCUCUCCAACGUGCGCUCACUGAGCAACAAACUAGACCAAUUUCAGCUGCCGGUGAGGAGAGACAGAGACUUUUCUACAUCCUCCGUUUUGUGCUUCAAGGAGACCUGGCUCUGUGGAUCGAUACCGGACUCCGCGCUCCAGCUGGCAGGCUUCAAGCUGCUCCGAACGGGCCGCGACACGGAGCUCUCCGGCAGGACGAAGGGUGGAGGAAUCUGCUUCUACUUCAACACCAGCUGGUGUAACGAUGUAACAGUGAUCCAACAACACUGUUCUCCUGAUGUGGAAUCUUUCAUCAUUAACUGUAAACUCUUCUACUCCCCUGUGAGUUCGCUUCAUUCAUCCUGGUAGGUGUUUACAUGCCGCCGGCAGGGCAAAGUGCGGGAGGCACAGCGGACACUCGCCGACCAGAUACGGUGCGUGGAGUGGACCAACCCUGGACUCUUUGGUUAUUGUCCUUUGGGACAAAAGAAACCCCAGCCAUGAACUUCCUAAGUACAAACAGUUUAUUAAAUGCCCACCCAGAGAGGAGAACACGCUGGAUCACUGUUACACCACACCUGCCCACACCAGUCCAAUACCCGCUUCAAAAAAACAUGAUGGGGAAGGGUAUUCAUUUGGACCCCCCCAAUGUCUAAACCAUGGUUAUGCCCUUGGACACAUGAGCAUGUAAAAGACAAAUCCAAUAAUAUGUCUCAGCACAGCAUAAAAGGUGGGAACAUAAGUCACAAACACAUGACUUGCACUCAACCUUAUUGGGAGCUUGAGCAGGAUUCUAAAAGCAUAAUUAAAAGCUACCUGAAUCUUUUUUUGUUUUUGCCUUGCUAUAACUGCACCAUGAGUGGGCCGCAUAGAGGAGAGUACAGCAGUUUACUUCAAUCGCCUCAACUAUCGCUAUUCUGUGUGCACAAAUCAACACACACAUACAGUAUGUAAAGACAUCCCUGCAGUCUGACUUCAUAAUGAUAUUAAUGUUAGUUUAAAAUUAAAUGUUUCACUGGGAAUUUUUAUCAAUGUUCAAUCCGAUCAACAAAGUAUUGGAUCUUUCUUCCUCACUAUACGAUUGCUUAUUUAGGUUUACGUAGCAUUUUGUCUUGCCUAUUUACUUAACAGUUUGUGUCCGUGUAAUAAGGAGACAUCCAAAAAAUGUUAUCAAAAUGCAUUGUCUAGAUCGGUAUGCACUGAUGUUUUUUUCUACUUUAUAGUCAAAUACUGUUCUUUUGAUGCACAGUACAUCUUAAAACUACGGAAUCUGACACAAUAUGACUAUGUCAGAAACAGAUGAAGUACCGGUUUUCUAACUGUAAAUCCAUUUCCACAGACCUUGUUUGACUACACUGUACAUACAUGAUCACUGUAGAUGAAAAGAUGACUUUUUUUGUGUUUUGUGCCACCUUCACUUCUCAGCCUGCUCUUUGCCGUAAACACAUUCAUUGGUCUCUUUUUUUCUUUCUGUUAUUCCAAGUGUGAGUUUUUGUCGCCUCUAUGUGA